UGUCAGCUGACUUUCAUUUCGAUGACCAUGAAAAUGAUUGAAUGGCAGACAACAACAAGGAAUUAGAAUCCAAGGAAGAUAAUUCCAAGGUGUCAGAUCGCAGAAACGGGCAUCAAUCACGUACUGGUCUACAAACCAUUAAUUUACAUCGGCCAACUGGAAGAAUAAACGAGCUAACUCAUAUGGCGAGCACCAACACUCUCCCAAAUGACAUUGACAAUACUGCUGGGCAGACAACAGAAGGCCCUACACCAAAGAAAUCUUUGAAGAGAGUGGCAUCAUUUUAUACUCCAUAUAUGGAGGAUCGCUUGAGAAGGAAACUGAAAUUUCAUUUCAUGGGACCACAUGAAAAAUUUAAAGCUAAAAGAAAGUGUCCCUGGAAACUUGUUCUACAGAUUUUUAAAGUUUUUCUUGUAACAGCUCAGCUGAUAAUGUUUGGGUAUGAGAGAGCCUUAUUUGUUGAGUAUGUGGAGUUGAACAAUAUUGCCAUGAAACACAUGUACCUGCUUAAAUGGGAUCCCAGCUUUGAGACGAUGCCUUACCCCCCAGCCACAGGAAAAUAUGCCAUCUACAAAGCAAACGACCUUAUAGAUCAUAUCAAUUUUGCUAUGAAACAGUUCAACCGUACUGAGGAAUUGACCCUUGGAUCACUUAGAUUUGCCAACAGAACAAAAUACCUCAGCAUGUGUGUGGAGGAGUACAGGGAGGGAAAGGUGUAUGACAAUGACACCUAUGUAUUUGAUCCCAAGGUCACCACAGUUUGUUUUGAUCUUCAGCCAGUACCUGUAUAUAAUGAAGCAACAAACAGUACAGAACUUCAAUAUGAUCUUCUUGCCAUUCUGAAAAAACAGAACAGAACCUUGUAUUUUGAUAGAAUUCUUUUAAUCACUCUUAAGUUCCGCCUGAGGUCCAUUCGACUAGCUCUGGAGAGGAAGAGUCAUGAACCGGAAUGUUUCAAAAUCAAUGGCAGGAUUGUGUUUGAUGACAGUAAUAAGGAUGGACAGAUGGUUGUUGAUCUUUUCUCUUCACUGGAUGAAUUUAAGUGCAGUGGAAAAUUUAAAAAUAUGUCUGAUGACCAGGCUGAUAAGCUGGGACAGAUGUUGUUUGAUAUUUUCGUCAUCCUUGUCAGUGUUUUCUCCUCGUUCCUCUGUAUAAGGUCUCUGUACAGAACUCACAAACUCAGAGUGGAAACAGUGCAGUUCUUUAAGACCCGCUACAGGAAGGAUCUGAGUUUCUACGACAAGUUUGAGUUUGUUAACCUUUGGUAUGUUUUGAUUGUGAUUAACGACAUUCUGACAGUGGUUGGAUCUUCCUUCAAAAUUCAGCUAGAGAGGAGGCAUGCCCAGAGUUCAUCAGAAAACUAUGACCUUUGUGCACUAAUGCUUGGAACUGGAAGUUUGCUGGUGUGGAUGGGAGUAAUUAGAUACAUAGGCUUCUUCAAAACUUUUAAUAUUCUGACUGUGGUGUUAAAGAAAGCUUUCCCGGACAUGAUGAGGUUUCUGGUAACUACAAUGAUGCUGUAUCUUGGAUUUAUGUUUUGUGGCUGGGCCGUGCUGGGACCUUAUCACAUCAAAUUCCGGCACUUAAGUACAACCUCUGAGUGUCUGUUUUCAUUGGUGAAUGGUGAUGAUAUGUUUGUGACAUUUUCUGCGACUGUGACAGAGGACACCUUAGUGUGGUACUACAGUAGGAUAUACCUGUAUUUAUUUGUGUCACUGUUUAUUUAUGCUGUCCUGAAUCUCUUUAUUGCUGUUAUCCUCGACACAUAUGAAACCAUCAAGGAGUACUAUGAGCAGGGCUUCCCUAAGAGUGAGUUGUUUGAGUUUAUUGAUGAGUGUGAGGAUUCACCAGACUCCGAGCUGUACAGAGGGGAGGAUCGAACAUGCUCCUGUGGUGUAUUGUCUCUGCUUUGCUGUUUCUGUUGUAAAAAAAGUAAAUCAGGCAGCCCGACAGAGUACACAAGUCUUCUCCACUGACCAGAGUCUGAUGAUCAGCAUAUCAUUACUUAGGAGGCUUGUCAAUACUCAGUAACCACACCCUAAUUACAGAGUACUGUACUAGCCUUAACCUUCAUAGACCACCGAACAUCUUUGGUCUGGCCAAUAACAUAAUCUUAACCUUCAUAGACUGCCGGACAACUUAGCUCAGGUCAAUAACAUUCCUUAACUUGGAUAUGUCAAGCUUUAAUUAUAUUCCAUUGUGAAUGCUAAAUGACUUUUAAACUUCAGAUAUGUUGCCAUUGUCAUAUUUUUUAUGUAGGUUGUAGUGCAUGGUAAAAUGGUGCUUUUUUGUCUUUCUUUAAAUGUGCCUAAGGAUUAUGAUCUAUUGACUUGCUUUAUUAAAUUGUUGUUACAGUAGUAGAUUAUGAGAUUGAAUGUACAAGUAUUAUAUUUAGAUUUUGUGUGGAUGUAUAAUAUUAAUACAGUUUGAAAUCAUGGUAAUGUGUGAUUAAUGCAGGGUACAGACCAUAAUAUCAGCCAGCCUCUUUUACCAAAUAGCUAUUGUAGCAUUAAGAUAUAAAUCAUAUACAUUUAUCAUUGUCUUUACAUGAAUUCAACUGUGUUAAAAAAGUCUCAUGCAUAUAGCAAGAGUUCUUUACAUAAUUCCCAUAAAAAAUGAAAAUAAUAGAAAAGUUGUUUACAUCUUGGAAAAAUUUAAAUUAGGCCUGUCGUAUGAAAAAAUCAUUCAAGUACAUGUAUAUAAAACAUAUUUCUGUUAGGUACUGCUGAUAAACUUGUUCUAAAGGAGUCUUUGUUUUUAGUGAUUCUGUGUGCUAUGCUUGGGACAAGGAUAUUAAGUAGAUUUUUGGUUAGGGAUGCAAAAUUAGAAUGUUUUCUAUAAUUCGACAAUUUUUGUAUAUUUCACAUUUUGUCUUUGUAUCAAAGAUAUAGUGUAGUCAAAGGCUUUGCAUAAUUAAUAUAAGUGUACCUAGUUUGUUACAUUCAAAAUGCUUAGAGUACAUGUAACAUUCAUCAAAUUUUUAUCCCUCACUUAAAGUGGGCAGUAUUAAUUUGGGUCUUUCCUUCCUUCUGUCUGUAACUCUUAUGUUUCUGAAGAAUAUAUCUUAAAAUCCUUUAGCUUUUGCAAUGAAAUAUAAAUCCCUAUGACUUAAAGAAGACCCCUAUUGAUUUUGAGGGCAAAGGUCAAGGUCAGAAAUAUAUAUUGCAUAAAAUGACUUUCAGAUAUUAACUGUUAGCUCUUUUUGAGAUUUUGCAAUAAAACUUAAGAUUAUGACUCUUUCUAAUGUAAGAAAGACCCCUACUGAUUUUGUGGCCAAUAGUAAAAGAUCAAGGUCAUGGGUUCAUGUAUGGCAUAAACUGGAUUCAAGUCUGCAACUUAUUGAUUCUGAGGUGAAAGAACCAAAGGUCAUAUCACAAAUUAGUAUAUUGCUACAAAAUUUUCUUGACAUCACAAAUAAACUGCUUUCCUUAAGCAGGGCACUGAUAUUUUCUGAGUAAGAAACACUUCAUAUUUAGAAUUCACAAUCAAAUUUUAUUUUUCAUUAAUUUAUUGAGAUCAAAUCAAUUCUUCUUCCUACCCCAUCUCCAUUCUUUUCAUAUUACAUUACUUAAACAAAUCUCAUGAUAACAUCAAUACACAAUAUCUUGGAGAAAAACAUACAUAUUUGACAAUAUGCAAAUUGAGCACAUCCACAACAUAUACACGUACUAGCUGUUCAGCUCUGAAUGUUAAGUAUUGUUCAAACAUUAAGAUUUUAUUUGAAAUUUUCUUUUAUUCCUCGUGAAUCUAAUAAUGAAAAUUAUGAAAUUGGAAUGAAAAAAAAUCAUGUACAGGAUGUUCCUAUUAAUAUGAAAGUAAAUAGUUAUUAUACUGCAGUACAAGAGGUAUAGUGUAAUGCUACAAUAAUCCUUUAUUUUGUGCAUAUUUUAAGAGGGCUGGGUG